CUUUUUGCUGUGGACAACGCUGCUCUCUCUGGAACGAGCCCGGAGAUCCCCACACCAGGCCCCGAGGGGCAGGAGAGGGACUGGAAGAGGAGUGCGUGGCAGGCCUGGAGGCUGGAAGUGCGGGAGCAGCUGCUCACCCUGCGCCGCUGGCUGGAUGCCAUGGAGAAGAGGCUCCCGGCCCUGCCCCACGGAGAUCCCAGCCCAGAGGCUGGCUCUGAGCAGCAGGGCUGAGCUUUUGGCCCCUGGCUGGCCGGCUCUGUGCUACCCUGUGGCCAUGGGGAACGUGCUGGGCAGGCCCAGCUGCCUGGGAGACAAGAGCCAGAAGCCUGAGGAGUUCCUGAAGAACGUGGGGCUUGGCCCCGAGCAGCCGGUGGGGAGGAACAACCGUGACGCUAGAGCUGGGGCCCCCGACAAGUCACCCCUGAACCCGGUGGUGAUCGAGAACGGCUGGACCCUGAGCCCAGGCUCGGCUAAGAGCCAGUCGAGCAGCCCCCUGCCCAAGCAGAACAACAUGGAGGUCAAGGUACAGAACCGGAGCAGGGGCUGCAGCCCUCUCAAAGCCCAGCUGGAGGCAACUGGGGCCACCUGGACUCCCCCGCGAGGAGCCCCCCACAGGGACUCGGGCAGCAGCUGGGCCUGGAAGCCCGUCAGCACCAGGGAGGUGACCGAGGUGACCGAGGUGACGGAGACCAUCGUGACGGAGAUCGUGGAGGUGACCGAGUACCCGGGCGGGGAGCCCGUUGUCACCCAGACGGUGAAGGUGCUGACAGAGUGUGACGGGGAGCGGACGGAGGGUGCCCUGUGGGCCAUGACGCUCCCAGAGGGCUCCCCAAGUGCGGAGCAGGCCCAGGACACUUUGGAGACGCUGCUGACCUGGGUGGCUGACAUGGAGGACCUGGUUGGCAACCAGAAGCCCCCUUCGUCUGAAGUGAAGGUGCUGAAAGCCCAGCUGCAGGAGCAGAAGCUCCUGAAACGGCUUCUGGAGGAGCGGAGACCCCGAGUGGAGUGUGUCCUGCAAGACAGACGGCUGCCCCGUGAGCAUGCUGCCAGGACAAACGGACAGGGGGCAAGCGGGGGCCUCUCAGACCUGCAGGAGAAGUGGGGAAAACUGAUCCAGAAGGCGAACACCAGACACAGCUGCUUGGAACGGAUCCUGCCAGCUGCUCAGCGCUUCCAGGAGUCUGUGGAUUCCUUCCAGGAGUGGCUGAGCGCCACAGAGAGGCACCUGGCCCAGCUCUGGCACGCCAAUGGCUGCAUGACCCAGCUGCAGGCUGCCCACCAGCAAAGCCAGGAUCUCUGUGAGGAGAUUCGUUCCAGGAUGGGUGACCUGGAGCAAGCCCUGGAGCGGGGCCAGCAGGUGCUGGAGCUGGUGAUAGGCGAGGAAGCCCAGCUGGCCCAGGAGAAGAUGGAGUCCCUGAGGAUGAGAUAUCUGAUCAUGGGGCAGAGCAGCGGCGACAUCCAGCACCGGCUGGCACAGACACUGGAGGCCUCAUCCCAUGUGGACUCUGCCCAGGAAGACCUGGCUCUCUGGCUGGGUCGAAUGGAGAAGGAGCUAGCUCCUGGGGACAGCCAGCCAGCUGAUGGGCCACACCCAGUCAGUGCCAGCGACAGAGAAAAGUUUGAGCAGGUCCUGGGGGCUGAACAUGCCCAUCUGGCCAGGCUCGGCCAGCACCUGGAGGAGCUCAUGCAGGUCCAGCUGGACGCCCAGGCCAUCUGCUCACAGCUCUCCACUCAGCAGCUCCUCUCCGCCGAGAUUCUGCACCACCGGGGCCUGGUGGAGUGCCUGUUGGAGAUCUCCGACCCACUGCUCCGCGCCUGGCCCCUGCCCUCACACCAGCACCCGCAGCCAUCAGCGCAGUCCCUCCAGGAGCAAGCUGAGCGGCUCUUCCUGGAGAGCGCAGCCUGCGCGGUGCAGCUGGAGCGGGCCCAGGCCCUGCUAGCCCAGUUCACUGAGGCCCAUGACGAGCUCACGCCCUGGCUGGAGGAGACGCAGCUGGUGGCUGCGCGGCUAUCCCCGGAUGCCAUCAGCUGGGAAACCUUUAAGGAGCAACAGGACCUGCUGCAGUGUCUGCGGGAGGCCCUUGCUGAGCACCGGCCCCUGAUGGGGAAGCUGCAGCGCGUCUCCGCCCAGCUGGCGGAGCUGAGCCCGGAGCAGGGGGCCCUGUUCCAGCAGCAGUGCCAGGCGGCAGAGGAGCAGUACGGCAGCAUCCGGGAGCACGUGCGCCAGGCAGCCACGGUGCUGGAAGAUGCCAUCCCGCGCUACAGCCAGCUCACUGAGCGCAUGGACUUUCUGCUGGAGAGCCUGGAGCGGCUCCAGGGCCGUGUGCAGAACCCUCCUGUGGUCCGGGGCGACACAGCCCACCUCCGGGAGCAGAUCUGCGAGAACAGUCUGGCGCUGGGCGAGCUGGAGAAGCUGGGGGUGGCACUGGAGACCGUGCGCAGCCAGGGGGCCGAGCUGCUGGCCAGCACGCAGAUGGCUCACGCCGAUGCUGCGGCAAAAG